AUGGAGAAUGAAUGGAACAAGGUCAUGAUAAUCUCUGAGCUGGGAUUUGAUGAUCUGGCGAAGCAUUUGGAAGAUACGCUGAUAAGAAGCAAUGUGACUGUGUCUAACUUAUACAUAGUGGAGGACGAGGAUGAUCCAAGUGAAAUACUUACAGCUAUUAAGGAGUCUGGUGUGCAUAUUAUUGUGUUCCAAGUCUAUCCCAUCAUGUUUUACAAACUGUAUUGUGAGGCAUAUAUGCAAAACAUGAUUGCUCCAGGAUAUGUGUGGAUAGAUAACAGACAUCAUUCUCAAAGUGUCAAGGAUUACUUUGAAUUGUAUAGUAGUGUCAACUGCACGUGGGAUGAGAUAUUGACUUCCGUGGAAGGGAUGUUCGCGACGAGUCCCAUUUCAUAUCUGGAACAGUUCCCUGACACAAUAACUAUAGGUGGAAAGAGUGUCAAAACGUUGUCUGAAAUAGGCGUCAUAAAAGAGGAUGCAAGUCGUCUGUAUGGAUAUGACGUAAUAUGGAGUAUGGCGCUCACCAUGAACAACUCCAUCAAGAGGAUAGCACCACACACAUUAGAGGAGUUUACAUACAAGUACAAAAAUUAUACAGACAUAUUUCUAGAGGAAAUGAAAACCCUGUCAUUUACCGGUGCAACGGGGCCAGUUGGAUUUUCUGAAGAAGGAUCAAGAUUGGAAAAAGUAGUUUUACGACAAGUCAGAAAUGGAACACAUGUUACAGUUGGUAUAUUUGACGGAACAACACAAAUUCUUGAUCUUUUAAAGAGUCCCGAGUAUAUGUGGGAACCAUUUGGUAAUACCAUACCAAGCUCUGAACCUAGGCUAGAGUACACAUAUUUACGAGUGUCUAGAGUGUUGUUUGGGAUAUACGUAACCAUUUCCGUUGUUGGAAUUGUAAUAUGCCUGGUUGAUCUGAUUCUGAUGUUGAUUUACAGAAGUCACGGUGGCAUCGUGCACGAUUGGCCGAUCAUUAGAGUAAUUGUGUGUUUUGGUUGUAUUGUCCUUAACAUAGCAGUUAUCCUCAUGGGUGUAGAUGAUUCUGAUUCUAGCUCGAGUGUAUACCAGGGUGCUUGCCAAACUGCAUCCUGGAUGUUUGUAUUUGGCUAUACAUUAGCUCUUGGAGGAAUGUUAGUCAAUUCAAUUGCCACUUAUCAUUUCUACACUAAGGAAAAUGUUACAAAAUCAGAACAACAAGAGUUGAAAUACUGUGCGAUAUUAGUGCCUUGCCUUCUGUUAGAUAUGAUACUAUUAAUAUUAUGGCAAGUGGUUGAUCCGCUGACGAUCAAGACAGAAUUCCUCCAGAAAGAGUAUGACGAAAGUCAAGAUACAAUUUUUCAAAUAGCAAUUACUGUCUGUGAUUCCGAGAAAAUGAAUGGUUGGAGAAUUGUGAUGAUUGUGUAUAAAGCAAUCGUGUUGUUAGUUGCUACAUUCAUUACAUGGCCCGCCUGGCUGGCUGCCCAUGGAAAGGGAUAUGUGAUGGACCACUAUCUUGGAAUCUGUAUUUAUGUGACCGUUCUUGCUGCCUUGAUUGGUGUUCCUGUCACACUUACUCUUGGAUCUGACCCAUCCGCACACUAUGGUGUUGCUGGAGGUUUUAUUCUGCUUUGUACCAUUUCCACUGGAAUCGCCAUACUCUGUACUAUCUUGUUCGCAAUGAGAAACCAACAUCCAGGUGACACGUCUAGGUCGAUUUCACCAAUUAAUGGAUUACUGAAUGAAAUCUCAGAAUCCAAGAAAACAAACCAGUAG